UGUGAAUCUGCGUGACUUGUCGAAAGAGGGAUUUCCAACAUGGCGGCCGCCGCGGCGGGUGAGUCCGUCUGUAGCGGUGCGAGUGGCGGCGAGGAUCCGCCGGUUCAGUCCCGGGAAAUCAUCAAACCCUCCGUAGCGGAGCUGACCAAAGUGCGGACCAAUAUCCUGUGUACGGUGCAGGGAUGCGGCAAAAUCCUGCCCAACACUCCGGCGCUUAACAUGCACCUCGUCAAGUCCCACAGAGUCAAGGAGGGUAUCAUCAACCCUACGGUACGAAAGGAUAUGAAAGCUUCGCACAAGCUUUACUGUUGUCCGAUCGAGGGCUGUCCAAGAGGACCUAACAGACCUUUCUCCCAGUUUGCACUGGUUAAACAGCAUUUCAUGAAGAUGCAUGCCGAGAAGAAGCACAAAUGUGAAAAGUGCAGUAACGGAUACAGCACAGAAUGGGACUUAAAGAGGCAUGCUGAGGAUUGUGGGAGGACCUACAGUUGUACAUGCGGAUGUCCCUAUGCAAGUCGAACGGCACUGUUGUCGCACAUUUACAGAACUGGUCACGAGGUUCCCAAAGAGCAUAGGUAUCCACCCGUCAAGAAAAGAAAAAUGGAGAAACUGUCACGCAGUGCAACAAAAGUUGAGCCUAACGGACAAACUUACGAAACGGAAGUCACAGAAGGAGCAGUUCCUGCUGAGGGAGCAUUGCACACUUCAGAUUUACCGCAACACAAACCUGUUCACUCUAAAAACCUCCAAAAAACUCUGUUGCCCAUGCCUCAAAUGGCUUUGGUCAAUGUCCCUGUGAUGCAGCUGGCACAAUCACCAGUUCUUCUCUUGCCAGCGGAGAGCGGUACCCUGAGGUCCGUGGUCUUUGCGAUAGACACGCAGGGGUCUUUAAGUACAUUUCACCUCAUGCCUCAGUCAUUUGGGGCAGUUGUAUCUCAGUUAAACACUAAAUGUUUCAAAGAAACCACGUCCGUUUCCAGAUCAAACCUGGAAUCCAACAGCACAGGGAUCCAAGUCAGUCUCCAAAGCAUGCUCUCCACUGAUGAGCCGAUCAAAGAUUUGGGAUCAAGGAGUAAAAGUAACUCGACCAAUAUUCAAACGGAUAUCUCAUUCCUCAGUAAGGGAUCUGUCGGAGGAAUCGGAGGCAUCUCUCCUGGAAACGAGGCCUCGGUUUCCUCCGGUUCACAAACUGACAUUAGUGUGAGCCAUCAGAUCCAGCUACCGGUUAGCGUGCAAACUCAGACGUUCCCUAUGAGGUCCAAAGUCACAUCCUCCAUUGGGGCCCAAACUGAAAUGCUCGGUCAGAUACCUUUCUUUACUGGUAAUACAUCGAAGGAAACUCAGACAAGUUGCUCCCCAGCAGCGUCAGUAAAUAAGGCCCAAAUGGACCAAGCUAUAAUGUGUGCAAAUCUUUUCGAUUCUGAUAUGCUCAGCGUCUCUACACAGACUACAGUUCAUGGAGGACCCUUCGUCAAUGAUCUUGAUUCAAUGAGCAAUGAAUCAGGAUUUUUCGAAGACAAAACUACAUCGUCCUUGUGCUUUGGAGCUCAGACGGACAUUUUACACCAAAGCACGGUAGCCGACAACCAGACUCAGACGAUAAACCUUUUGAGUGAUCUGGAAAACAUCCUUUCUGACAGCAUGGCAACCGGAGCUCAAAGCUGUGGAACAGGCUUAGUUCCAGUGCAAGAGCAGCACACGGGCAUCGACUUUGACCUUGAGGACUUCCUUAAUGCGACUCAUAUUCAGACUCAGACAGACGAGAGUGCCUUGGGAGGCUUGAGCUCAGAGACACCCUUGGAGCUCCUUGACAUUGAGACGCAAACCGACUUCCGCCUGCUCGAUGACAUCGGGGGCGGCCAUCAUGCCGAUGUCGGCACCAGGGUCCAAACGAGCGAUCUCGAGCUGGAGAUGUUUGAUACACAAACCCAAACCGAUCUGAAAUUCCUUCUCGACCCUAGUAGUCACAUGUCCUUUGGGAACAUCCUCCGACACUCCAGCUUCAACAUGAGCACAGAGUCUUCAGACAAUGAAACCCAGACAGACAACAGGGCUUCUCCACCUCCUCUGCCCUUGUCUUGUUCCAAUGAUGGACAGAUCAGACUUAGCAGCACUGAAACUCAGACGGUAUCCAGUUCCUCCAGCCUGGGCCACCUUUUCCUAACCAGCAAUGAAACGCAGACGGUCAUGGACGACUUCUUGUCGGCAGACCUCGCUUGGAAUAUGGAGUCCCAUUUUAGUUCGGUGGAAACCCAAACCGGUGAAGAUCUCCUGUCCUUGUUUCAGCAUUCAGACAAAGCCAUCGGCUGAGCUCUCUGUCGUUAUCGCAUGUUUGCAUUAGUUGUUACGAAGGAACUGUUUCUGGUGAAUCGGCCAGAAGGUGGGCGACCUGAAUGGAGCGAAUGGAGUUCUCCCAAACGCUCAUCUCCAUAAAGCGCUCAGUUUGGAAGGCAAUCGCGUUCACUUGUAGUUAAUUAGCAUUUUGAGUCAUUCCACUGCAAGCAGUGUCUCAAAGCUUAAAUCCGUGUCAUUUAGUCUCCGUAGUCCGCGCACACUGCACUUACACAAUGUCGUGCACAAUACUUUUCUGGUAUUGCUGUGAUUCCUAUCAGCGCAAUGAUUCGUCCGAGGUCUGAUCUAAUCCGAACGAAUUUCCCAGUAUGAGACAGGUAAAAACCCUAGGUGACGAAAACCAAUUAAUUUCCGUUGUUGUGCUGUGACCUGGGGAGUUAGCAUAAAACUUCUAUAGCAUUCCUGAACCGGAUGACCAGCGUUUCAAUAAUACUACAGGAUCACAUGACUAGCAUCGUCCAAUUUCAUGAACAAAACAACCUGCAAAAACUCGUCCCUCCUCUGUCAAGGUAAUAUCGCAAGAAGAGACGCGUCAAAAAAAAGUUACUACGGAAUGUCCUUCAAAGAAAUGAACCUGGUCUAAGUAGGGCUUUCAGCUGCACUUUAUCAUUUUAGCGGCCGUCGUUUGACCGCUCUUUAACGUGUUUACUUUUAUUUGCACAAUUCUUUAGUACUUUUUCUGUUAUUAAAAUGGUCAGAUUGUCAUUUUCUUUCCGUGAUGAAAACAGUGCUACUAUGUAGUCGUAUAUUUAAAGUGCGGCAUGAGUCUAAAAUCCAUCGAAUAGAAACGACUUCACCUGCACAUCAGAUUUCUUGUGAAAUUUCUUGAUUUUCUUGUUUGGCUGCAUCGUUAUAGUUCCGAUAUUUUUUUGUUGUGCUUAACUUUUUUUUUAUUACGUUUGCAUCUGAUUGUUGAAGCCAGAUGUCUGUUACUGAACUGAAACACUUUAGAUUCGUAUAGUGGAUUGUUUUUGUUGCAUUUUUCCUAGAGCAGUAUAUUUUAUCGUCUGACUCAUAAUGCAGCCUUUUGAAACGUUUCGCUAACGUACGCAUAUUUCUGCAUGUCGCGAAUAUCGGUGACCUUUAACGUAGUAAACUCAGCAAUGCAUUUAUUACGACGAUUUGCAUCCUGUACUGUGAGUGAUUUAACGUGCGAAUCGCAGUUGUUUACAGCAAAACGGAACCUUUAAGCACUACUUUCACUACUUUGCUUUAGCGUCGGUGCCUUAAUUUAAGCGGCGAAAUGCAGCGCCUGUGAAAGGUGUGGAGUCUUUUUACGGUUUUUGAAAGACGUGCACGUUCUUCCUGUUUCUCUGCAACAAACUCGGCCGUUUAACGGUAUGACGAUUGAUUUUGACCAAUCUGCUUUGUUCUGCUUUGUUUUCAUUGAAAACAAAGUAUGAAGAACAACUUUUACACACUUUCAGCAACCGGACACUUCAGCUGUGCCUCCUGAAAAACUCCCCAAAGUUGUUCUUCACUUGAUGGUGAUUUCUUGAUGAUGCAGUUCAUCCCAGAGCAGUUCAGUAGGAUUUAGGUGCGGUGACUGGGCAGGUCGUUUCAUGAAGAUAUCACUCCAGACGUCUGUUUUCUCUCUAAAUAACACUUACAUCGUCUCGUCGUACGGUGAAGUCGGUUCCGAUAAGCCGCAGUCCAGACGGAACUGCAUGGUGUUGAAGUAUGGAAUGGUGGCCAUGAUGGUUCAGGAUUACUUUCACUUCCAGGAAGCUUUCCUGCUCCAACACAACCCCAAACCAUUUCACUUCCACCUCCAUUAAUGAAUGUGGGGGUGAGGGAGUCUGAUCACAUCUUCUCUCAUGUUCUCCAAGUUCUUCUGUUAGGGAUGAAAAGAAAAAAAAAAAAAGUCACAUUUUGGUAUUUUUACCGAGUUUUCUGCAAAAACAACAAGGAAAAUCUGAAGAACCAUAAAAGACCAGGUGUUUCCACACUUUUGACAGGCGCCGUAUGAAGACGUUUAACUCGCAUCGGACAUUGUGGUUUUUCUUUAUCUUUUUUAUAGUUUUUUUUUGUUUGUUUGUUUAAAGCGCUAGUUCUUUCUCUCUUUUCCAGUUCAUACAUUUCUCUCGUUCUGUAUUAUAUUACGCUUUAUUUAUUACCUCGUUUAUUCAUCAUUAUCGCUCGCUAUAUAUUUGCCAUUUAUAGCCUCAUGUUAUUCCAGUGUUUCUAACACAACGUGGCUUUGCCUGUUUUCCGUUUAUUUAUAUUCAAAUAGCAACGGAAUGUAAAUGACACUGUGUCUGACGUCGUAACCCGAAAAGGAUUUUCUUUUAUUGUCUCGGUGCUCAGCCAAGGCCGACAUUUACAUCCGACCUCCACACACACACACACACACACACACACACACACACACACACACACACACACACACACACACACACACACAUGCACGCUAUGAGGAAAGAACAAAAGCAUAUAGCUGUAGAUUACUUGAAAGCAUCAGCGUUCUCUCUUGGGUUUUCAGAAGAGCGUGUACGCAGUCCUGUUUCUGAUAAAAACGUCAUCGAGUUUGACUACAUUUGGAUUUUUCUUACAUUUUCCCUUUUUUUCCUCCUGUUAAUCAAUGUAUUUUAAGUUGGUCAUGUGGAUUUCUUUCAGAUUUGAUGUAUAAAAUGAACUGUGUUUUUGUUUAGGCUGUAGCAGCUGCUCCAAAUAAAAUUCUGUCGAGAUCAAA